CGCGCAGGCGCCGGGGCCGAGCCGAGCCGAGCCGAGCCGAGCCGAGCCGAGCCGAGCCAGGCUGGCGGCGGAGCAGGAACCCGAGCGGGCCCGCACGCCAUGCGGGUUCCCCUGGCCCUCCUAGCGCUGCUGGCGCUGCUGGCCCCGCGCCGGGGCGCGAUGUCCCGCGGGGAGCAGCUGCCCUCAGUGCCUCCACCACAGAAUGUUGCAGUAACAUCUGAAAAUUUCAAAACUGUCUUGCAUUGGCAGUACCCACCUAUGUCUGAAACCCCUCGUUUUAUUGUGGAAAUCAAACCCUACAUUGCAGGUUCCUAUAAGAUCGUCUCGACUUGUGUGAACAUUACAUAUAAUUUUUGCGAUCUCUCAAGGGAAAUACAAGAUCCUUUUGACUCUCACUGGCUGCACGUUAAAGCUGUCAUUGGGUCACAACAGUCUGAGUAUGUUGAGUCAAAUGAGUUUAUUUUGCAAAGGCAUGGAAAAAUAGGACCACCAAAACUGAAUCUCUCAAGGCAUGGUGAUAAAAUCAUGGUUGAUAUUUACCAUCCUCCAUUUCCAUCUCUGGAUCUUCCUUGGCUCAGAAGCAUUUAUUCAGGUCACAUGUACUCAGUCACUUCUUGGGAUGGUAAAAAUGAGAGUAAAGAAUGGGUUCCUGAAGAUGACUGUACAAUGGAUAAAUGUAGCCUCAACAUCCCAAUUGCUGCUGAAGGUUCCACAUACUGUGUUUCAGCAAAGGGAAGCUUCUAUGAUUAUCUGAUUGUUGGAACCCCAUCAGAAAAAAGCUGCAUUUAUGUUCCUCUCAAGCACAAAAUCAACACACAACACAUCAUCAUUCUGUGUGUUGGUAUUUUGAUCCUGUGUCUAAUUGUGACAGCGUUUUGUGGCUACAGGAAGCUAAGGAGGAAGAACAUAAUGUUGCCUAAGUCUCUGGCCAAUGUGAUAAGAAGCCUGAACACAGAUGGCAUUCUAGAAUCAAAGUCAGAGGCCAAGUAUGUAUGUGUAGUAGACGUCGUGCCAUGCCCGUCAGCCUGGCCAGUGAUUGGUGAAGUAACCUCAUUGGAGGGAGAGCCAAAAGAAGAAACUCUUAAUCCUGAGAAUUCCAGUGAAGAAGCAUCUUCACUUCCUCCCACAGAGGCACCGGCUAAAGCAGAAGAGGUGUCUGUGCAGGAAAGCAUGGAGGAGGUACCUUCUGAUAAUGAACACAGUCACAAAGUAAAAGAGAGUUACUUCAUUUCUGACAGUAGCCGAAUGGAUAUGUCCAGAAGCUCUUCAGAUCCAGAGGUUUCUGCUGUGGAAAUACAACAGUCAGUCGUUCCAAGAAGCCAGUUUUCAGGCUAUGACAAGCCUCAUGUUCCAUUAGAUAUGUUGAUUGAUGUUGGUGAAGAACAGCCUGUGAUUGCUUACAGGCCAACAGACUAACUAGGUUAGCUGAAGUGUUUGACCAGCACUCAGGAAGAACAGCAUUACUGAAGAUUAUGGAAAGUCUGGGUUAUAUUAUGAGCAUCUACAAGUUGUACUUGUUCUGAUUGAGCCAGAGUAACCAGUACACAACUGAUUACAGUGGGAUCCUGAAAUGAGACUGAAAGUAGUACCUAAGAAGGGCAUAAAAAAUGGGGAGAAAUUUCAUAAUAACCACUUUCAGAAAUGUUUAUGUAUAUGACAUAACUCACUGUUUCCUAUUUUAAAUUAUGCUCUGGUUCUUUAGCAGUACUUUAUAGAGAACAGACUUCAUGAAGGCAUAUGUCCUGGUUUGAGAGAACCAGGAUAAAAAUUUCCUAUAGCCAUGCUAACCCAAGACCUUCUGGGCACCCCCCAGCUGCUGCCAGCCUUUAGACGUGGCAGGUACAAUGGUGGUGAACAGCUAUGCCUGUGGAGUGAGUCGGUAGAUCCAGUCACAGUGUUCCUGCCCGUGGUGCUCAGUGUAAAAUAGCUCGUCAGAGAGGCCUCUCUGGAUGAUGUGCUGGAGUCAGUUUGUUUGUCAUUGCUCCCUCUGCGGUUCCUUCAUCCUCUUUUAUAACCAGGAGCAGUGUUCAUCCAGAUUGCCUUCUUUUGCCUCCCUGAGUAGGACCAGCUCGGCUUCUCCAAAGUUUUGUGGACUGUCACCAGGACCCUGGACACAGGCACCCCAAUCUGCAGCAGAGUCCGGUUUGGGACUUUUCUGGUCAGGAAGUAAUUACCAGCUGAGGAGCACUGGUUCCAUAUUUAGAUAUUUGUAUAUAUUUGUAGCUCACCGUCAUUAUUACUACUUCAUUAAACCUAUUCCAGGUUUGGUUUUUUUCCAGCCUUGAAGUCUUUCUCACUUAGUCCAGUUAUUGUCUUUCCCCGUGAGGGUAGUGGGGGGGAUAAUGGAGAGCAUCUGUCACCUGGUUAUUGACUAAAACCAUGACAGAUUUAUUGGUGCCCAAAGCAGGGCACAAACCCACAACUCUGAGAUUGUCUCAUGCUGUGCCACCUGACCAAGCCAGGCAUGAUGGUUUUAUUUGAAGCGUCUGGCAGAAAGCACCAGGGGACACCUGAGGUGGUCCCCUAGGAUUCUGGAGUUGGGGUUAUAGAGGCUCAGAGGCCAGUUAAACUCUGACAGAAAAAGAGAUAUCGGUCACCUAGGAAGGAGUUGGAGCUGCUUCAGAAGAAAUUGGCACUGAGGCACAGCUCAUCCUGGCACUAUGCCUGCCAGUCCUGACCUGGAUGUGCAAGGGAAAGGAAACAUCUACCCACCACGCCACUAGUGCUACCUGUCCUAAUAACACGGAGAGCACAAACAGGGAGUAUAGAUUGCUCAGGCAUUGUGGAGGCAAUCACAAUUGACCUGAGGGUACAGCAUUCAGAAUGCCACUGGAAGUUGUAGUGACCCAUGCUGGGGAAGCCCUCACGUAUAAAGACCUCUCAGAGCAGGAUAAAUGCUACCUUCUUUUCACCAACGGAUCCUGACACCUUUUAGGGAACCAGUGGAGAUGGAAAGCUGCAGUAUGGAGCCCUACUCAACAGGUUGCAGAAGCAAAGGAGUGAGAAGGUGAAUCUUGAGCCAAUUUGCAAAGGUCAAAGCCAUCCAGCUGGCCCUGGACAUCACUGGGCAGGAGAAGUGGCCAGUGCUUUACCUGUACAUCAAACUCUGGAUAGUAGCAAAUGCUUUAUUGUGGUGGCUGAAAAGGUGGAAGCAGGAAAAAUGGCAGCAGAAGGGGAAACCAGUUUGGACAGGUGACCUGUGGCAGGGUGUUGCUGCCUGGGUGGAUAAAUUAGUGGUGAGGGUAUGACAUGUAGAUGCCCACAUGUGUAGAAACCAGGCUACUGAGGAGUGUAGAAACAACCGUCAGGUAAACCAGGCUGUUGAGCCUGGUUCCAAAUAGAUAAAGUUUGGGAACAAAAAGGUGAAUAAUUCUUAGCUUGGUGGGCCUAUGGUGCUUCCUGUGUUCCAAUUUUUAAAAGUUCCGCUACCCAUUGCUUUCAGAGUGUUUUUUAGCAAGCCAUUAUGACAUUCAGUCUUUCCAGAGGCUGGUGCAUGAUGAGGGAUAUGACAAAUCUAUACUGUGCCCUUUGGUCCAGUUACUUAUUAGGUUGUUUUUGAAAUGAGUCCCGUGGUCUGACUCAGUCCUCUCUGGGACCCCAUGCUGCCAUAAAAUUUGCUUUUCAAGGCUCAAAAUAGUAUUGCAGGCAGUGACACAUGAGGCACAGGAUACAUUUUCAGCCAUCCGGUGCUUGCUUCCACCAUCGUAAGCAUGUAGUUAUUACCCUAGCAAGUUUGAGGUGGUGUGGUAUAAUCUGUCUGCCAGGCCUCUCUUUUUUUGUAUUCAAGCCAACAUCCCUUAUACCACAAAGGUUUUAACUGUGGCCUGCUUAGUGGCAGCCCAAGAAUUACACUCAUGGAUAACCUGGGUGAUAACAUCCAUGGUUAAAUUCACCCCUAGGUUCUGAGGUAAUCUGUAUGUUCCAUCAACAAUGGGUGGCUGAACUUUGAAAAUCUGGGACAUUUAGUACAAGCCACCUGGCUAGCUAAUACCAGAGGACUGAUCAGUUGAAAGGUCCUGCCCAAUCAGACCUUUUACAUACAGUGGAAGGGGAUAACCCCCCUGUUGUGUAUGAAAGGAGCCUCUUGGGAAAAGGUGUGUGGAUUUCUUUGCCCCUGAUCAAAGGCAAAAACCCAUCCGUGGGUUUGUCUCUGCUCAAGGCCCUGGACACACCUGGUGUGUGAUGCAGGAGGAUGGUGAGGUCCAGCGUGUGCCACAGGAUAAUUUGACUCUUCAGAGUCAGCUCCUCAAAGAGCCCUCUCCUGGCCUGUCUGGGUGGUGUUCUGGCUGGGUUGGGGUCAGUUUGUUAUGGCUCCCUCUGCUGUUCCUGCAUCCUGUUGUAUCGCCAGACAACAUCUUUCAUCCAGACAGAUUGCCUCCUUCUGCCUCCCUGAGUAGGACCAGUUCGGCUUCUCCAAGGUCUUGCAGACUGUCACCAGGACCCUGGACUUGGAUAGCAGAGUAUCUGCCACCUGGUUAUUGACUAAAGCCAUAAUAGAGUAUAAAGAACCAGCUCUCAUCAUUCCCUUCUGUUCAAAUCCUUUUCAAAAUUUAUUUUUUAACCUAAUGCUUAAGAAGUUCUUCAUUUGGUUAUGAGAGAUGUGCAAGAAAUGCUUGAGAGUUUUUGUCUUUACUGGAGAUAUUCUUUUGCUUGUUUGUUGGGUUUUUUUCCUCUGCAAGAGUUUCUUUCCAGUAACCCAAGUGCUACUAUUUCUUUUAAGUAAGAAUAUGCCUGUGACCUUUUCCUGUGUAUCUUAAGAAUUUGAUUCCAUAGCCAAGAACCAGUUAUUUAUAGUCUUCUCUGCAACUAGAAGUAGGUGCUUCCAGGAACAUCCCUUUGUACAUUUCAGUGAGUAAAUGGUAAGACUUUUUCCUUUGCAAUGUAAGUUCUGUGACUAAAAAAACUGUUUUAAAAAAUGCUGUUAUAUCUGUUUAGCUGCAUCUAUUUGGAUCACCUAGGUAUGCUAUGUAACUCUGUCAUAUUAUGGAUAACUCCUGUACUAACAUGCUGGCUGAUCAAUGGGAAAAAAAAAAAAAAAAAAGGUGUGUAAUAAGUGUUUGCACAAAGUUUUUAGAAAAUAUUUUCCAAAAAAAGCCUGCUUUUCUCCAGAAUGUUUUUAUCCCAGUUCUUAUAACAAUAUGAAUUCUAAUAGAAAUCAACAGGACUUCUACCAAACAUGUUUUCUAGGAGGUUGACAUUGAGUAUAACUUUCCCCUCGUGACGUUGCCAGAAGGCUUUGAAAAUCAGAAUUAAGUUGCACUUGAAAUGUCAUCUCAACUCACUUUUCAGUUAAUAGUAUAUGGUUCACCACUGGUGUGUACUUUUAACAGCUGGUCUACAAAGGAGAUGAGCACCUGCAUCUUGUGCAGAGCUUGAAGAUGAAAUAAUUUCUUUCAGGUUUUGUAGAUUGGUUGAUAAAUGCGAACUGCCAUAAGAUCUCAGGAUUUAUAAAUGUCAGGUAAGUGUUUAACUUAAAACUCAGUUCCAAAGGCAGAAAUGGGGUGUUAGAAACUGUGCAGUUAGUGUGGUUCUUGGGAAGAAGUUUCUAAGCAGACAAAUUGCUGCGUGUCGUCCUUGCUACUGCUCAGAGUAUUUCAUCUUUGUGCUAUGUGUAGCUUGUGUUCAUUCUGCCAGUUUUCGUCAAAAGAAAACAAACCAAAAAUGUUGCUGUUGUCCAAAUCAGCAGGAACUGGCCAUAGUAGUCAUUCCAUUUGGUAUAUGUGCCUUAAAACUGUUCUGUCACAAGUGUGUCAUUUCUUGGAAGUGUUAGAUUUCCAUUCUUGCAGUGUGUGUUGAAACCUCGGUGCUGUUAGAAAAAUUAACUAAGACUCAGCCUCUUAGAUUUGUGUGAACAUAAGAGAUCACUAAGUGUAUUCUGCUCUUGAAGGUUUUCCUUUGCUGCUCCACUGGAAGAGGAAUGGUAGUUUUGCCUGUGUGAGGGCAAGAAAUUACAAAACCAAGCGACUGUCUUGGAUUAUUUUCUCUGCCCCCUGCAACACCUUGUACGUUGUCCUAAAUCUUUCAAGUCCUGUGUGAAUAAAAGGAACCAGCCAGCUGCUAGGAUAUAAUUAAGGGCAAAUUAAGGACAAGGAUGUUAAGAUCAAUCAGAAAUGACACAGAAAUAUAUUGUGGGCAAAUGGGGAAAAUUCAGCAUGGCAGAUAGUUGCCUAUAAUGGGAAGGCACUGUUAUUAUGCAAGCUGAAAAUCAAGCACAGAAGUGUGAGCUCUUUGUGCUGUACAACAUAUGUAUAUAUAUGUAUGUGCAUAAAUGACAUCUUCUGGUAACUAUCACAAGGCUAAAUUUAUUUUUUUAAUUAAAAUUUCUGAAUUGUAAUUACAAAAGCCACUGAAUUAUCACCCUCUCUGCAGGUAUGUCCUCUGUGUGCAGUAUAUUUAACAAGUAGCCAAGAGCAGGGGGGUAGUUCAGAUGUUUAAAUUGCUCAGGCCAACUUGCAGGUUUUAUAAUUCUGAAAUAAGGGUCUGCAAAGCACCUGAUUCUUUUAUUAGCUGUGACUAGCUGAAGACGUGAGGCCACAGUGAGACAAGAAUGUGUUCCCUGAGUGAAGAAGCUCUAUUUACCCCAGUCUUGUGUUCCAGCAGUUGCUAGUAGUGGUAUUAAGAGCAAGCCUAAAAACAGGACAAAUGCGUGAUGGUAUUUCUGCUAGGAUGAAAUCCAGCAGUCUUAGGGCUUCUUGGAACAGGGAACAUGGAAAUCCCUUUCCAGUUACAGCUGAUUAGCCUUGCGUUUGCAGUUCUGUAAUACCAAAUAUCUGAGCCAUCUGGUUAAGAAGCUGCCAGGUAGUAUUUAUAUAUGCACUUUCACUUAACUAUUAAAUUAGUUUAAUAAAUUAAUAGUCUUUUGAUGAAGAAGUAAUUUUAAGCUUCUGGAUAUUCAUGCAUAGCACCUUGACAAAGGCUAUUAAAGUGCCUAACACUUCCGGGUUCAAAAUAAUUCAAUAUUCAUGCCUCUUACAGACAUACAAGCUAUCCAGUGUGACACAUGUAGAAGGUUUCACCACUUCAGGCUGUUUCAGGUGGUGUAGUACUGCACUAGUUAAGAUUGCAGGAACAGAAACUUGCAUGAGAAGAGCUGUUUUUCUCAAGGGUUGAAAUAACUGGUUGCUCUGAAGUGGUGCCAUGUAAACAGUUCAGUAUUAAUACUAAGAGCUAUUGCCCUUUGUUCAAAUUAAUUGUUUCAGCAUGUCUCAAAAAAACCCCAAAAAAACCAAACCAAACACAAAGCACCUUUCAUCUCUCAGAAUUAAGUGACCUGCAUUGAUUUCUUUAGUGUGGUUUUUAAAAAUUCAGUCCUUUAAGUAUGAAGCCCUUGUUUAUUAAUACACUUUCUGUCUUCUCUAAAUGUAUACAAUAAUUGGGCUACUUGGGACCUCCAGGGGUCUGUGGUUCAUUCUUCUCCCCAGAACUGCAUUGUUCUUCCUACACACAUGCUAAAAGAAUCCACAGCCCCAUCAGGCAAUUUAUUCUAGGAGUUCUUUACCCUUAGAAAGUGAUUUAUAAUGUUUAAUGCAAGUCUUCCUGACUUCAGAAACUUAAUUAUCCACAAUGGGGCAGUUGACCAUGCUUUGGUUCUUGUUUGAAAUUUGUACUUGUAAAUACUGUACAUUUUAAAUAUUUUUAGCUGGAAUAAAAAAAAUAUAUUUCAGAAGACAAA